AAAAAAGGAACCGCUAAAUCGGCACGACGGCUUCCCUCGCUGGUCUUUCUCAGUGCUGUUUCUGCAAAGGAUUUUUCCAAAUAAUCAACAAACCUUCGACGGGACACGCAAACAACUUGAUAAACAUGGAUCCCACUGAGUUGUUAAUGAAGAUGGGAGACCCCUCAGAUCUGAGUGUGUCUCUGCUCUCAUCGUCCGACAAUGUGUCCAGUGAUGCGACCUACAUCGUUUCACCAUUAUCUGACCUGCCAAUCACAGAUUCAGAACUGUGGCUAGACUCCAUGUCUGAUUCAAAACGCAGAAAGACCUCCACAUCCUGCCCAUUAACCUCUGUCCGUCCUAACACAGAGGAUGCUGAGCUUCUGACGCCUGUGGGCUCUGGGAAGAAAACCAAAGUCUCUGUGAAUAAGUGCAGUGUGUGCAGGAAAGAGUUUAAAACCACCUGUGCACUUAAAACACACCUCUUGAUCCACAGACAUGAUGGGCCACACAUCUGCAGCAUCUGUCAGAGAGUAUUUAAACAUUAUCAUCAGCUAACUUCCCACAUGAUGACCCAUCACAAGAGGAAGACAUAUCACUGUACUCAAUCUGGCUGCCACAAAACCUACAGUGACAAAAACUCCCUAAAACAUCAUUGUGCGUCUCGACACGGAGUCCACUUCACGUCUCCUUCCUCCACCAGCUUAGCUUACAACUAUGACCUGCCGGCCUCACUGUGGGAGCCUACGGUUAAUCGUGCUGCAUCAGACUCUCGUGGCCUCUUCAUCUCUCAACCAAAGCCUGUUUCCACUCCUGUGCUAAAAGAUCCCAGUUAUUCUGGAAAACUCAAGCUUGGUUUGGGGUGCUACGCAGAAGACACCCAUCCCGCUCAGGUAAAACGUUCAACGCCUCAGGAAAGCUGGACUUUAGCGACUGCCAGUGAGUCUUAUAAGAUCAAAGAAAGCACCAAGAUGCUAAACUCCACUCAGUGGACUUUAGGUAUCGACGCUUUUGAAGAAAAUCCUGUGGUUUCACAGAUUCCAUUUGAUGUUCAUAGUUUGGAAACCAAUCUUGAUUUCCGUGAGUCUUACCCCGAAGAACGGAAAGAGAUGCUGUCAUUUCAGCCUAAAAGAGAGGCAACUACCUCCAGCGUGGGAUUCCCUACGAGGCCACCAGGUUCAGUUGGCCACAAGAAGCAUUGUCCAAUCCUGCUGAAACACAGUCUGAAAGACCCCAAACCUCUGAACAAGUUAAAGCGUCGGCACUCCUUUUCCAGCUCUACUCCUCCUGUCUUAUUAGUCCCUGAACCGAAAAGUGAUUUUGACUGUAACCUUCCUGAUCCUGCACUUCCUUCUCCUCCUCUUCAUGCACCAUUACCCAACAGCAGGAAGAGGAAGUCCUGCUCUAAGGACACCUUGUCUAAUGUUCCAACUCCUCCACUGCCUGUUCCUCAGCCCGGAUGUCAUAAACGUUCACGAUCCCGCUCUUCCUACCUUGUCUCACCUAGUCAGGUGGCACUUGCGUCCUUUAGCACUUACCUAGGCAACCCAUUUUUACAAAAGGAGUCCAUUAUGGAAUCAACAGUAGAGGAACCAAACUCUGGUUUCAGAAUCUAUAAAAGAUCUUCAUCUGUACGCAGAGCUCGAUCGCAGCCCUCAUGUUCUCAAGAAGCUCUUGGCUCUGGUGGUACAAAGGAAAAACAUAAUUCACAGCCGUCCACCUCAACACUGGUGCUGCUGACGUUAAUUCAAGUAUUAUUGUAAACUUAACAUAUGAAAAUCAGCAUAAUACUUAUAUUAACAUAUUUUAUCUUACUUAUUUUUUUUCACACAGGGUGAAGAACAGAAGGGGAAUUCAGGACAAAAGCAAAAGUCCAAAGGGACAAACCUGUCCCCACUGAUCAUGCCCGUGUCUGUCCCAGUCUCUGUGACAAACGUUUUAGACCCCCAAGCUACCACACAUCAAGCUGAGAUGCCACAGACUCGUAAAGGUGCAUCUAAGAGGUCUCGUUGUCUUGACCCUUUAAAGCACCUGAUCAUCCCCAGUCCACCUCUGCCUCGCCUGUCUUCCCCAAAAUGGGCCCGUGAUCAGGAAACCCAGGGUUUGCAGAGAAGUCGUGCCACGGGGGGUUAUCCCAGCCAGCUGCGCUCACCAACCUAUCUGGCAGACCACCCGCUGAGCCCUAGGUUUCAACCCCCACCCUACACCCCUCAGCCCAUGCUGAGCCCUCUCCGUCCUGGGACAGGCCUCUACUCUAAAAGCCUGCCACAGUAUCAGCCAUGGACACCGCUACCCAGCACCCUCGAUGGCUUGUCCUUCCCAACUGACAACACAGUCGUCAGCAUACAGCCAAGGAUUAAUGUGGGUUCGCGUUUUCAAGCAGACAUCCCUCCAGUACGUGACACGCUCUACUUACUUUAUGAAGAACACCCUGCUCAGCUCGUCUGGGCUCCUUGGAAAGAUCUCUCUACUAACAUAGAGACACAGCAAAGGGUCACAGAGCUGUUAGACAUGUGCUGUUCCAGUGUUCUACCAGGAGGAGGCACCAACAUCGAACUCGCUCUACACUGCCUUCAUGAAGUCCAAGGAAACAUAACGGCAGCACUGGAUUUACUGCUAAUGAGAGGAGAUUAUCGGACCCCCUGGCACCCUCUGAGUGAUUACCACUACACAGGGUCAGACCACUGGACAGCUCAAGAGAUGAAAGUGUUCAAGAAAGCUCUGGUUGAUCAUGACAAAGACUUUCAACAGAUUCAUAAUGUGUUGCAGACAAAAUCAAUAGCUCAGUGUGUAGAGUAUUACUAUAACAUGAAGAAGCUGAAAAAGUUAAAGCAACGUGGCAGAGCGGCCAUUAAAAAGGAUGGAUGUGGAGAGAACGCUAAGGUGUUCAGUUGCUCUGAAGUCUACCAGCCUGAGCAGACAGACGAAAACACACAACAGAAGACAACAGCUGCUGAGGGCAAGGUGUGUGCCAGAGAUGUGAAGAGCCAUAGAUCUCCCUCAGUCAGGAUAGAAACUAACUCCAGAUGGCAACGGGUAUGAAAGGACACAGGUCAGAGCUGAAGCCUGAAGUUAACUGAAGUCUGUUCGGUGUUUCAGAGGAAUCCUGUGUGAAGUGCUGAAGUGUGUUUUACACUACAGUAAACAUUCAACUCAUUGUCCAGAGAACAGUAUGGACCCUGAAAUUAGGCAUAACUGUAAUCCAAAUUAAAGUUCUCAUCAAAAGAGUAGCCAACUUGAAGUGAAUUUACAACUGUUUAUUUGUUCUGUUCAAAUUUUGAAAGAAGUGCACAAUGCACAGAAGUUAACAAUAUUUGAAGUUCUUAAAAUUUUCCAGAUUAGUGACUGUAGUAUGACAGGGUUUCAUACAAAAAGGGUUCCCUUUUUCCAUGUUUAUUCAACUGUUUAUGAUGCUCUUAAGUUUGGAAUCAAUAUUCUCUCAGUUCAGAUUUAUGUAUCUAAAUCUGCAGUAAAAAAGUGGUAUAUUUAAAUGAUAGUAAUGCGCAACAAAACUGUAAAAUCCUUCCAAUUCAUUAUAAAUCUACAGUUUUACAAGUCAACUGAUUUCCCCUUUCCAUUUGAGGAUAUCUUCAAUCCAUGUGACCAAUAAUAAGGUUAUUAAAUUGCAGUUUUACUAUCAUAUGCCAUUGAAAACAGCUGAUGAUGUCAAUCUAUAACACGUUUACUGUUUAUAAUAUUACUAUGAAGUGUUCUGUUGUCUGAUUUCUCUUUUAUGUGCUGUUCUAACAGAACAAAUGUUUUACUUUAAUAAUGCUAAAUUUGUUAAACAAAAUAAAUGAGAACUGAAAACACAUCUGCAAUUCCAUCUGCA